CAUUAAACUUGUCUAUCUAUGGUAUUUCCUGUUGUUAUCACGUCUGCCUAUAUAAAUCCCCUCCAAAGCCUUAGCAAUUACCAUUCUCAUCUGGUUAUUCUUGCCCCUUUGUAGUCUCUUCUUUAACUAUUUAUAUGGCGAACUUGUCAGAAUUGCCAUCUCACCUCAUUAGUACAGUUGCCGAGCGUGUUAAAGUGAUUGAAGAUUUUAUUGCUUUUGGUGCUGUCUGCAUCUCAUGGCGAACUGCUGCCACUAAAGAUAAUUUUGAUGUAUACUCUCCACAAAUUCCAUUGCUUAUGCUAGCAGAUAAAGAUGAUGAUUAUCGAGAAUUUUACUCUCUUUCCAAAAACAAAAUUUCACGCAUAUUUCUCCCAGAAAUUAGAGGGCGAAGAUGUUUUCCAUCAGAGGGAGGUUGGAUGUUUACAGACUCAUGUACAGGAGAAUUUAACUUGUUUCAUCCAUUUUCCCGUACCCAGAUUCAACUUCCUUCACAAAACGCCCUAAAGGAGUCUUUACAGAAAGAUGCAGAAAUAACUCAUUACACAAUUGACAAAGCUGUCUUGUCUGUAAAUCCUUCUCAUACAUCAGAUUAUGUGCUCGUGAUUUCCGAUCUUACAUAUGGUAGAGGUGAUCUCGCCUUUUGGCGACCGGGAGACGUCAACUGGACUAAAAUUGUCAUGAGAAGAAAUGCUAGAUUCAACAGUCUCUUUCACUAUAAGGUCCAUCCAGAGCCAAGCCACUUUUGAUGGUGCUUUUGUUUUCCUUAUUGGUUACCACUCUGAUUAACAUGCUUGAGGAGUUCUAUCAGUUGAUUCAUUCUACUAAUCUUCCCGUCAUUGCUUCUCCUUUAUACUGAUAUUUCCAGUUCCCUCAACAUAGGUACUCUGCUCUAGUGCUUUCAUUGUAAUCUCCAGCCCAUAUACGUUAGAAAAUGUACUUUCCAUGUAAUGUUUAUAUUUUGUUAUUACCAGAUAUUUUCUCUUUUUCCAUUGCCUGAUUUUUUUUAAAAAAAUUGUCCAAGGAUUUCUCCCAUGGGCUUCCGAUGUUAUGUUUCUAAACAGUGAAUCCAUAAGUUGGACUAACUGGUAAGUGCACCAGUCAUUUCCUUUUCCAUAUUUACGUCUGAUCACUCUUUCCAAUAUGUCUUCUCUAGCUACCAUCUUUAAGUCUCUAAAGCCAUUUAAUUGGAGACUCUUAUUGUGUAGUCUCAAAUUCUUUACUUGGAGAAUUUCUUCUCUUUUGCUAUUCAUUGUUGUUUUCCAUAUCAUUAGGACCAAUAAAACCAAGUCCAUGACCUCACAAUUAUCCAUAUAACAACUAAGGUCCUGGCUAUUACUCAUCCUGUGAGGUCUGCCCCCGAAUUUCUUAUCAGGUUCAAGAAUGACAUUAAAAUCACCAGUGCUACAGCAAGGACCUGUGGCAACUUGAUGAACUCUUUCUAUAUCAGCCCAAAGAUCUUUCCUCUCAGCAGAUGUGCACUUAGCAUACACAGCAGUAGCAAAUACAUCACUGCUAAUAUUAGCAUGGUGCAUUUUGAUAAUAAUUUGUUGAUCUGAGUUGUCAAUUACAGAAGUCUGAUACUACCAGUCCACAACAGCCAUAUUUGUCCAUUAGAGUUAGCUAUACAGUGUUGAUAUCCAAGAUAUCUCAUGUGCAUAUGAAUAUUGUUCAUGCUCAGGAUUGGCUCUGAGAGGGCCACAAAAUCCACUUUGUAAUACUUGAUCGGCUUCUUAUUUCUGGGUAAAGCAUUUUUUGUUCUCACUCCCCUGAUGUUCCAGUAAAUGACACUAAAUAUAAAGGUUAUCGAGACUGUUUUUGUAUCCCUAGCCUUUGGCAGGGUUGUUA